UUUAAAAAAAUUACACUUACUGACAUAAUUGCAAGUUAGCAUAGUUUUAGAAAUACAACGACCUCAUGUACUCUUGACCCAGUUUCCCCAAUUGUAAUGUCUUGUACAACUACAUAGCACACAACCAGGUUACUUGACAUCCAUAAGGUCAAAAUAUAAGCAGUACAGGAGCACCUCUAUGAUUGCUAGAUGAUAUGCUGCCCAAAUCACAAAUGAUUUAAUAAAGCCAAUUAUAUCUUCAAAUUUAUAUUAGAAAAAUAAAGAUACCAAUAGUUUCAUCAAGAGUCCCUCACCUAUCCUUUUAUAGCCACACCAACCCCCACCCCCAACUAAAUGUGCUGACGUGAUUUACUCAGACCGCAACAACAAUCACGCCAAGGAACAAGAUCCAGCGCUGGGAGAGUAAAUGCAGACGGACAGGCCAGGCCUCCUGCCCAGGGUGUAUAAAGACACCUGAGUCUGCCCGGGGCUAACUACAGCCUUCCACGCGGGCUGCAGGCCCCACCCCUUGCGCCACAACCGAACUACAGCGGUGAACAGCUACCGUCACCACAGAACCGGAAGUGAAAUGCAGCUCUCGGCCUAAGAUGGCGGGUAUCCACCGCGAACUGCAGGACUACUUGGCGCAGGGGAAAGCGGGCGGACAGGCAGCCACAGAGCCGCUGCUCAUCGCGGAAAAGGCAGAGGAAACCGAGGCGGGAGACGGGACAGUAGGGGCGUGGCUGGCCCUGCGCUGGAAGUGGGCGCGGAGCACCACGGGGCCGGAGACGGGCCUCACUUGUCUGCCCAAAGUGACGCGCGCGCAGCGGCUGGCGGCGAGCGGCGUGUGUCUGCUACUGGCCACGCUCUGCUUCGGCCUGGCCGCGUGCUACGUGCCCGUGCUGCUGCUGCGCGCCCGCAAGUUCGGAAUACUCUGGUCGCUAGGCUCCGCGUUAGCCCUGGCUGGAGGAACGAUGCUGCGGGGCGGGACAGCGUACAAGUGUCUACUGAGUUGCGAGGAGGCGCCCUCAAGGGCUGUGAUGUUCUACGUGGCUGCGCUGGGCGCUACGCUGUACGCGGCGCUGGGCUUACGCAGUACGUUCCUCACGGCACUAGGCGCCUGCGCACAGGUGGCCGCGCUGUUGGCUGCCUUGAUUGACCUGCUUCCUCGAGGCGCCGGCACCGCACUUCGCUUACUGCUGGGGCGGAUGUGCUCCAGUAGCGGCCUUGCCAAAACGCUACCAGUUUGAGAAUCCAGCGCCAGCUCCCAGACCACGCAGGCAGAGACCGCCUUCACCGUGCCAGCCAAUCUGUAGACACGGAGCGGCAGAUAAGAGCAGUUUCGAAAGAUCAAUUUCAGCUUUUUCUUCUACACUCGGUAGCUUGUGCUCUGAAAAUGAGACUUGGUCAUUGAGUUGGUGAUUUGCUAUAAAACAUGAAUUGCUUAUGCAUUAACUAUGGUUAAUGUAAGACACAGUAAAUGUAAGCUCUCAGUAUUAAAAAAAUGCCACUAAUUAGCUGCCCUUGUGACCCUUCUUAGAUUUUUCUUUUACCUUAUAUUAAAAAUAUAGUGGU